AUGUCCGUGAGCCUUCAUCUUGUCCUCAUCCUCCUCUUUUCUCUGACCACAGUGUACCUUCAGGAAGUGGAGGAGGUGCCUCUGGAGGUUAUCGUGGAUAGUUCACCCUGUAGCACCACCUGUGGGCUGGGGCUGAAAACUCAGACGCUGUGUUUACUGAAAAAUGGAACAGCGGCGAUGGAGGAAAAUGUACGGAGUAAAGUUGGAACAGAGGUGUCUCAGGAGUGUCAUGUUCGUCGUGUUAAUUGUGUGGACUCGUGGCACUGUGGCCUAAUAUCGAUGACUGUGACGUCAGGAGAGAGAGUGGAGCUGGACUGUCUGGGGGAAGUGAUGGAGGCCAUGGGCAAAUUCACCUGGAGGGUUUCAUGGCGUCACACUCGAGGAGUCAUCAGCUCUGACAACUCCUUGUUCGCUCGUUGGGAGACUCCUCAGCUGGACCGAGUGAUCCUGGACCCGGUCAGUGAGAAGGAUGCAGGUACAUAUCGCUGCGACGUACAGGACUUGGCUUUCCGAAGGGUGAAGAGGAUUUACUGGGGGGUCCGGGUUUUGCCCACUGGAGUACUGAAUCUGGACUAUGAAAACUCUCUGGACCAGUGGGAGACAACUGGAACCCACCAGACCAGCUCCAACUUGGCUGUGAAUUACAUCGUACAGGUUCUCCUCGGGUUCUGUUUCCUGGUCAUCUGUUGUAUUCUCCUCUACUGUGCAGUGAAGCGAAGACAGCUAAGACUGUCACAGAAUGUGUCCCAGUAA